CAUGCCACACUCAUCGCGCAGACCGCGCAAACCGUAUCAUCCGAAACGGAUCAUAUCGGAGUCAGAAGAUGGCUGGUCCAGAGUCGAGCAUACAGCGCCUCCACGAUACGGCAGGACGGCUGUAGUAGACAGCUCGCUUCCGCCAGUCGACAAAUCGCUCACGGUGCAAAAGCUACUGGACGAACACAGUCGAUGCAAACAGCAGUGGGUGCAGAGCGAAGCGCGUCGAUGGCUCCAACAGCUGUUGGCAAGGCAGAUGGCCGAGGGAGGAUGGGAGUUUCUACAAUCUCUCAGUGUCGCCGUUCUAGACCCUCCACAGGCUGAAGAGCUGGUAGAUCAGUCCACUCUCAUCUUCAUACCAUGCAUAGAGUGGCUUCUGGAGCUGCCUUUCAUGCUGGUUGCGAAAACAUCGCCGCUCUACGUCAGCUCGUCCAUGCAUUGGAUCAUCGACGAGGCCGAGCGCUCUCGAAACCGACUUACCGCCGAUGUACAAAACGACUCCUCGGUGCUGAAAGACUGCGACGAUGCAAUAGCCGCCGCAAAGGCUGUCCUCGAUACACACGACGAAAACAAGAUGCCAGAAGCCGAUUUCGCUGAUGGCCACAGUCUCGCCUUGACCAUCUAUACCCUCAAGCACCAAGACGAAGAU